CUUAAAUCACAUUUCUUGGUGCCAUUUAUCCCAUCUCGCUCAAAAUCAAUGGCGCUAAAAUUGGCCAUUCCUUUCCCAAUCUCCGCGCCACCACCGAACCCGUCGCACCACCGCCCGCCCACGGAGGUCCGGUUCUCGCGCUGGUACAACGCCAACGCCGAGAAAUUCGAAGCUCGCCGACGGGCCCAGAAGGAAAUCGAGGACGACAUCCGCCGUGUGCGCCGCUUCGACUCCGCCUCCCGAAUCGCCAACAUUCCCGAAACUGCCACUACCUCCUCCCUAAACGAAACCGAAACAUUCAAGUCCAUAGGCACGCCCUCCUCUCCAUCUUCACCUUCAAUCCCUGGCAAAAAAUCCAAGUACUCCAAAAACCCUAACUAUAAUAACAAUUCCCACCCCGCCUUUAAGCUAACCCCCAAAACAAUCAAAAUCCCCAGCGAGCCCCAACCGGUGGCUCGGGACGCCAAUAUCACCAUUGGCGAAGACGGCGUUUCGUACGUCAUAGACGGGGCUCCGUUCGAGUUCAAGUACAGCUACACUGAGACCCCGAAGGCGAAACCGGUGAAGCUGCGGGAGCGGCCGUUCGUGCCGUUCGGGCCCACCACUAUGCCGAGGCCGUGGACCGGGCGGGCCCCGCUUCCGCCGAGCAAGAAGCCGCUCAGGGAGUUCGACUCCUUCCGGCUGCCGCCGCCGAAUAAGAAGGGUGUCAAGCCAGUCCAGGCGCCCGGGCCGUUCCUGGCCGGGGCGGGUCCGUGCCAUGCGGCGUCGAGGGAGGAGAUACUGGGCGAGCCGUUGACGAAGGAGGAGAUUGGGGCCUUGGUCAAUGGGUGUAUGAAAUCCAACCGGCAAUUGAAUAUGGGGAGAGAUGGUUUGACACACAACAUGUUGGAUAACAUACAUGCUCUCUGGAAGCGGCGGAGAGUGUGCAAGAUAAAAUGCAAGGGUGUGUGUACGGUCGACAUGGACAAUGUGCGCCAGCAACUAGAGGAACGAACUGGGGGGAAGAUUAUUUAUGGUAAAGGUGGGGUGCUAUUUCUAUUCCGAGGAAGAAAUUAUAACUAUAGAACUCAUCCCCGAUUUCCUCUCAUGCUGUGGAAACCCAUUCCCCCUGUAUAUCCAAGGUUGAUUCGGCAGGUUCCUGAGGGUCUAACACAGGAAGAAGCGACUGAAAUGCGCAAUAAGGGACAGAAACUUAUACCGAUAUGCAAGAUAGGAAAAAAUGGUGUGUACUGUGACCUAGUAAAAAAUGUCAGAGAGGCAUUUGAAGAGUGUGAACUGGUGCGAAUAAAUUGUGAAGGGGUGAAUGGGAGCGACUACCGAAGAAUUGGUGCUAAACUUAAGGAUCUUGUCCCGUGUGUGCUUAUCUCAUUCGCAUAUGAGCACAUACUUAUGUGGAGAGGACAGAAUUGGAAGUCUUCCAUCCCAAAACUAGAUACUGAUGAUGGUGAGGAAGCCAAGAAAUCCAGUGUUCAUGAUGCACUGCCCUUUGAAGGCCAAGAAGUAUCAGCAUCAUUUGCGCCAAUGAUCUCAGUUCAGGCUGCAAGUCCUGAAACACUUAGUAUUGGCAUGUCCCCUAUGGGUUCUGUGGAUGUGGGUGUAGAGGGAGGUGAGGACCUAUCCUCAAUAGAAAAUGUUAAGCUAUCUGUAGGUGCUGUGAGCCAAGAAUGCAGAAGCGAUGAUGCCGUAUUGGAUAAUACAAGCUGCACACAUGAAGGACUUCAGACAACCACAAUGGGAUCUGACAUCAAUGCAGGAACAGUUGGGAGCGCUGGAAGUAGGAUGGAAGUGGUUCAAGAUCUCAAUGAGAGAGCAAGGCUGAGUGCACCUUGCACAGAGGGAGUUCUCCUACUUAGGAAGCAAGCCGUUGACAAUGGGAGUGCAAUUAUUUUAGAUGAUGAGUCUUUGGAUGGCGACAUUAUUUAUCAAAGGGCAGUUGCCUUUGCCAAGUAUGCCCCACCUGGUCCCGUUUUUAGGCAUCGACCUAGAAAGGUAGCGGUUCAAAAGCCGGAGGAGCAAGAAAAAACCAAGGAUUUGAAAGAGAUGGAUGACACAAGAGUUCCCUCAGAAAGAAGUGAGAAGACUGCUAAUGUUAAAAGACGGAAAGAUUUUGAUGUACUUAAUCAAGAUGUAGUGACGCAAGGAAGCUUGAGAGUGGAUGAACUUGCUAAACUAUUAGCAUAAUGCAAUGUAAAUUAUUUUUGUCUUACACAAUACUUUGUU